AUGCAGCAGGCUCUAGAAAGAGCUUUGGAUCGUGCGGAGUAUGUCAUUGCAAGUGCCCAACAGAGACCUCCGGAAAGGAAAUACCCAUCUAAUGGGGAGAAGUCUCUCUAUGAAAAACUUUAUGACAUUUAUGUUGAAGAAUGUGAAAAGGAGCCUGAGGUUACGGAGGAAUUAAGAAGCAAUGUGAACCUGUUAGAGAAGCUUCUUAGGAGAGAGUCGUUGCCGUGUUUGGUGGUCAACCUGUACCCAGGAAAAGAGGGCUAUUCGCUGAUGCUCAAGGGGGAACAUGGAUCAUCUGCAGAGACCACUCGACUGCCCUAUGAAGAAGGGGAAUUGCUCGAAUACUUGGAUGCAGAAGAAUUACCUCCUGUUUUGGUGGAUUUCCUGGAAAAGUCUCAGGUUAACGUUUUUCAUCGUGGGUGUGUCAUAGCAGAAAUACGGGACUACAGGCAGUCCAGCGGCGGGGAACCUCCCCAUUACCAAAGCAGGCAUAUUCUCUUACGUCCCACGAUGCAGACUUUAGCCUGCGAUGUAGAGGCCAUAGCCAGCGAUAAUCCGAAUUGGACCCAGGAGGACAAACUUUUGCUUGAGAGCCAACUGAUCUUAGCUACAGCUGAACCACUGUGUCUAGACCCUUCUAUAUCAGUGGUCUGCACUGAAAACAGACUGCUCUAUAACAAACAAAAGCUGAACACUCUUCCCAUGAAAAGGAACUUCAAGAGGUAUUCUAUGGCCUCUCUGAAUCGGCAGCAGGAGCUGUCUCGUCCACCUCCUCCUGAGCUAAGAGCCCCGACUUCCUGCAAAAGAAUAAGAGAAAGUAAAACAGGUGGGGAUUCCGGCCUCAAAACUUUUAAAGCAGGAAGUUGUGUAGAUACGUGGAAACAGAGACCCUGUGACUUGGCCGUACCUUCUCAAGUGGACGUGGAGAAAUAUGCUAAAGGGAAAAAGUCUGUCAGAUAUGAUGAUUCACAACCAACAGUCUGGCCCGUGCAUGAGGUACAAGGUGGUCUUGCAUUUGGAUGUGAGGCUGGCUACCAGCCCCAGGCAACAAGGCCGACCGUCAGGCAGCUGACUGAUAAUUCACUUGCCUCUGGAAAAGGGUCCGGUAAAGAAGCCACGUGGGAGAGACAGCUGUCUCCCCCCCACCCCUCCGCAGCUGGCCAUCCCUGCAGUUUCCUGCCCAGGCCAAAGACUGAUGCUGGGAGAGUGGUCAGUCGGCCCGAGGAGUCGGUCCAGAAGAGCACCCAGCGUCCAGUGCAGAUGUCACACAGCUCCAGUGGCUCCGCCGGUCUCGGGCAGCCUUCUCCAGGGAAAGAACCAGAACAGCCUAAGACUGGGUGGGUUCAGUCUUCAGUGCCCGGCAGAGGAGCCAAACAUCCAGCUCCACCCAUGAGACUUCCUGGGCGCUCAGGAAGGAGCUCCUGGGGUGACAGCCUCACUUCACAGCAGGCAGGGAGCUCUCAGCCAUCCGGGCCACCUGCCCGCAGGAGCUCCGCCGCCGCCGCCGCCUCCUCCGCCUCCGCCGCCGCCUCCUCCUCCGCCUCCGCCUCCGCCUCCUCCUCCUCCUCCUCCUCCUCCUCCUCCUCCUCCACCUCCUCCUCGUCCGGUAGAGGUUCAGCUCCAGCAGCCGGCCCCGCAGCCGCGCCUCUCCCAGCUGCUUCCCAAGCGGCCCCCGCAGGGGCCCUGCGCCCCGCCUCCUCGGCUGCCGGCAUCCCAAGGGUCCGGGGGUACGGGGUCCGGGGGUACGGGGUCCAGGGACACAGUGUCCGGGGGCACGGGGUCCGGGGGCACAGGGUCCAGGGGUACAGGGUCCGGGGGCACAGGGUACAGGAGUACAGGGUCUGGGGGCACAGGGUGCAGGGGUACAGGGUCCGGGGGCACACGGUGCAGGGGUACAGGGUCCGGAGGUACAGGGUCCAGGGGUACGGGGUCCGGGGGUACGGGGUCCGGGGACACAGGGGACACGGGGUCCGGGAGUACGGGGUCCGGGGGUACGGGGUCCACGGACACAGGGUCCGGGGGUACGGGGUCCGGGGGCACAGGGUCCAGGGGUACAGGGUCCGGGGGCACAGGGUCCGGGGGUACAGGGUGCAGGGGUACAGGGUCCGGGGGCACAGGGUGCAGGGGUACAGGGUCCGGGGGUACGGGGUCCGGGGGUACAGGGUCCAGGGACACAGGAUCCCGGGGUAUGGGGUCCGGGGGUCCGGGGUCCAGGGACACAAGGUCCGGGGGUACGGGGUCCGGGGGCACGGGGUCCAGGGGCACAGGGUCCGGGGGUACAGGGUGCAGGGGUACAGAGUCCGGGGGCACAGGGUGCAGGGGUACAGGGUCCGGGGGUACAGGGUCCGGGGGUACGGGGUCCGGGGGUACGGGGUCCAGGGACACACGGUCCGGGGGUACGGGGUCCGGGGGCACGGGGUCCGGGGGUACGGGGUCCGGGGGCACGGGGUCCAGGGGUACAGGGUCCGGGGGCACGGGGUCCAGGGGUACAGGGUGCAGGGGUACAGGGUGCAGGGGUACAGGGUCCGGGGGCACAGGGUGCAGGGGUACAGGGUCCGGGGGCACAGGGUGCAGGGGUACAGUGUCUGGGGGUACGGGGUCCGGGGGUCCGGGGUCCGGGGGUACAGGGUCCGGGGACACACGGUCCGGGGGUACGGGGUCUGGGGGUACGGGGUCCAGGGACACAGGGUCCGGGGGUACGGGGUCCGGGGGCACAGGGUCCAGGGGUACAGGGUGCAGGGGUACAGAGUCCGGGGGCACAGGGUGCAGGGGUACAGGGUCCGGGGAUACAGGGGCCGGGGGCACAGGGUGCAGGGGUACAGGGUCUGGGGGUACAUGGUCCGGGGGUACAGGGUCCAGGGACACACGGUCCGGGGGUACGGGGUCCGGGGGUACGGGGUCCAGGCGUAUGGGGUCUGGGGGCACAGGGUCCAGGGGUACAGGGUCCGGGGGUACAGGGUCCGGGGGCACAGGCUGUGGUGGUAUGGGGUCCAGGCGUAUGGGGUCCGGGGGUACAGGGUCCGGGGGUACAGGGUCUGGGGGUACAGGGUCCGGGGGUACAGGCAAGCCUUGGUCGUUCACCUCAGUGCAGUGGGCGGAUUCCUGCAGCCCCGGGUGCCCUUGUUGUCCCCGCCGGCCUCUGGCUGGAGCCGCCCCGGGCUGAGCCCCCUGCAGCAGAGGGGCCGGGCCUCCGCGGCCCCGCCGCCGCAGGUGCACUCCACCGUGCACGGCGCCGACUUGCCGCCCCCUCGGGGCCCGCAGCCCAGCAGCCAGGCCGCGGGGACCGCGGAUAGAGGCCCGCCAGCCGCUCCCAAGCCCUGA